AUGGAGCAGUCUUCAGUCGAGAAAGGCAUGGGUAUGUAUGAGGAACAUGAGGCGGAUGUUCGUGGCUUGCCUCGAGAUGACCUCGACUUCCUCGAGGGCUUCUCCGAAAAGAGGAAGAAGGUCAUUCGCAAAGUGGACUGGAGGCUGGUUCCCAUGCUCGUGCUUCUAUACUUGAUGGCCUAUCUCGACAAGACCAAUAUCGGCAACGCAAAGAUUGAAGGUCUUACGACAGAUCUUGGUCUAAAGGGAAUUGAGUAUAAUGUCGUCGUUGCUAUCUUCUUCAUUCCCUUCGUACUUUGUGAAAUUCCAUCAAACAUGAUUCUUCACAAGUUUAAGCGACCCUCCUGGUACAUCGGCGGUAUUGUUUUCGUCUGGGGCUCCAUCAUGACUUUGACGGGCAUAGUACAAAACUAUGCUGGCCUUCUAGCGGUCAGAUUCCUGCUUGGGAUUUUCGAAGCUGGCUUCCUCCCUGGAGCGAUACUGAUCAUCUCGAACUGGUACCUACCGAAUGAGACGCAGGUUCGUGUGGCCAUACUCUAUACUUCUGCCGCAACCGGUGGCGCAUUCUCCGGUCUACUUGCCUUCGCAAUUGCCAAGAUGGACGGCCUCGCAGGUCUCGAAGGCUGGCGCUGGAUCUUCAUCCUUGAGGGAAUAUUCACCGCCGUUGUCGGCGUGAUGUGCUUCUUUCUUUUGUGCGACUCCCCCGCCUUGUCGACUAGCUGGCUCGAUGCAGAAGAAAUCCGCUACCUGGAACUGAGGCAAUUGAACCGUCGAGUCGUUAGGCCAGGGGAAUACCGCGAUUCCGACACUCACUUCAACCUAGCCUUGUUCAAGGACAUCUUGACGGACUACAAGAUGUACUUGCUCAUCUUUGCGAACUGGUCGAAUGCCGUCCCCAACUACGCCAUGAAGUUCACUAUGCCCAGCAUUCUCAAAGGCAUGCACUAUACGUCUUCCGAUGCUCAACUUCUGACAAUACCUCCAUAUGCUGUGGGAGCCAUUUCGGCAUACGCAUUUGCCAUUUUUGCCGACAAGUACUCUUGGAGAUUCCCGUUCAUUGCCGGGCCCCAAUGUUGUCUCAUAACAGCCUUUGCGAUUUUGUUCGCGAAGUCAUCAGACGUGGAGAAUAACAUCGCUGUCUGCUACUUCGCAGUCUGUCUUGCCACCUUUGGGAUGUAUCCGAUUCUGCCAGGCGUGAACGCCUGGAACGUGGCGAACACACCGGACCCCACGAAAAGAUCCAUCAGUAUUGGCUUCUUGGUGUGCGUCGGCAACAUUGGCGGUCUCAUCGGGUCGUAUAUUUACUUGGACAAAGAAGCACCGAAGUAUCCUACUGGCUACGGAACGUCACUAGCCUUUGCAACGGCCGGACUUGUAGCAGCGACGGUCCUGGAACUGCUCCUGAAGAGGGCCAACGCUAGAAAGGCCAUGGUAACUGAGGAAGAGUUAAGAACGAGGUUCACAGACGAGGAACUCGAGCGCAUGGGCGAGAAAAGCCCCUUGUUUAAGUAUGCCUUGUAG